AGAGAGCAAGCAAGAGAGGGAGGGAGAUGGAGAGAGAGAGAGAGCGAGAGAGAGAGUGUGUGUAUAACUUUGGGGAACAUGGGAAGAGGCAGCACAGAGAAGAAACUUUUCUGUGUUGACUGCUUUCUUUUGGACUUUUUCCACCUUUUAUCAAAGAGCUCAGUGUUGACGGAGCGGAGACAGAGGGAGGAUCAUUUGUUUGCUUUUGUAGCUUAAGAGUUAUUUCUCUGUUUUUGUGUUCAACAGGUAUUAUCUUGUUUUUGUUGCAUUUUUUAAAAAUCACAUCAUCUCUGUCUGAGGUUUGAAGAAGGGAUCAUCGCACAUCUGAAAUCCCUCCGAACAUAGCUGCAGCUCUCUCCAGCUUAUACAAAAACACACACAGACACACACACACCUGUUGUUGCUGAGGAUUCCCCAGGAGCGCAGUCAUGGGCAUCUGCGUCACUGUUGUUGCUUGAGGGGAUCUGUGUGUCCGUGCAGCUGUUAUCUGGAGGUGGCCUCCUCGGUGAACGCUGCAGUAGAACCUGCCAGUUCAGGGUCAAGGAGGGGAGAUGUCAUCCUACUACCCACGCACCAAGGACCUGACCCGCACCAGAAAGUCCCUGACAGAGUCUCCACCGUCCUCUCCGUCCCCUACAGACAAAAACUACAGACAUGAAAGACUGUCGAGAUACGACUCCAGUGGAGAGGGUGCGACGGACAGACCACUGGGCCGCACCAGCUCUUACACGCGCAGAGAGACGAGACUGGCCUCUCUGAGUAAAGAGCCGGACUCCACCGCCAAAGACUACAAGAAGAUGUAUGCAGAAGCUUUGCACGAGAACGACCGGCUCAAGUCCAGGUUGAACGACAGCAAACAAGAACUGGUCAAGAUUCGCUCUCAGCUGGAGAAAGUCACUCAGAGGCACGAGAGGAUAUCAGAGAAGUCUUCAGCACUUGAAUCGGAGAAAAGGGAAAAACAAGCACUUGAGAAAAGAGUGUCAGACAUGGAGGGGGAGAUAAAGUGCUCUGCUGGGCCACUUCCUGCCAGGCUAAGGAGGAGCCUGUGCCGCUGCUCCCCUGCUCCACUUAUCCCACUGUUGGGGUGAACAUUGUGACCUAGUUCCAGCUGAAUACCAAAACCCCGUCCAAGAGCAAAAGACCUGCUUUUGUGAGACAUUCCUGCACCGCACUGUGUGUACUCUGCUUCACAAAGCAACACAGGACAUCGCAGCAGAGGGAUUUCAGGCCUGAGCGCGCUGCACUUUAUUCUGAGCAGAGGCAGUAGAGAGGAAAAUUACACAACAAGGUUAAAGUUAAAUUUUUAUGACAAAUCAUUGCAAGAUUGUUAUGUUCCUCAAGAGGAAGGAAAUAAUGUCUGCGUGGAAAUAUAAUUUUGCCGGCGCUGAAGAGUACACACGUGCAGCAGUGUGGUUUCGCCAGCAACAGAUGUCUGACACCCAUGUUGUCGUGGUUCCCUCAGCAGGACGCCCCACUGCGGUUCCGCUGUGGGUACCAGCCCUGAGGGCGGGCUGUUCUCAGGGGAGGGGGGAUGGUGAGUGGUCGCUAUGACGCUAAGGUGUGAUUGACACCUGCCUGUCACCUCACUUGAUUCUGUUUACACGUGUGGACAUUUUAGGCUCAAAUAUUCCAGAGCUGUACACUUCACACCUCAGGGAGCUGGAAUGUCACACACCCACAAAGUCACUUGUUCCUGUUUAGCACGAUACAGAUCCUCCACAGGGGGGAGCUGUUCGGUUGAUGUUAGAUUAGUCGUACACGUGUAAAACCCACGCCACCUGGUGGAAAGGAAAAAUAGCAGCAACACCCAUGGACAUGUUGUCUUCAAUAAGCAAAACCAAAUCACAGAUGCUGUCAAUUUAACACUUACACUGAAGUGAGCGUUACAAGUGUUGCUGUUGUGUUCACAUCAAAUUGCGAAGUGUAUUUCUCACACUAUGAGAUCACUUACAAGUCAAUUCAAAGAGGGAAAUAGAUGUGAAUUGCACUUAGCGACGGGAACGGUGUGAAUGAUACGAUGUGAUUGACAGAUGUGAUUAAAGAUGCUUCACUCGCUCGCGAAUGCCAACCAAACUUGACUGGUCAUCCUCAGGCAGAGCUGGAAACGUCAGUCAUCCGGACGCAGCUCCUGGAGAAAACACAUUUCUAGAGGUGGUUUCUCCAGGUAUAUAGUAGCAAUUGUAGUAACGUACUCUUGCGUUACUCACACACGAGUAAACCCGAAUGAUCCUGCAGCCAAACUCCUGCGAGAAACAUAACGUGGUAAUAUUUGGUGUGAACACAGCAUUGCUACCUUUGAGACACAUGAAGCUGGUUUACUGCUGUUACUUUUCCUGCCCACAGGGGGAGCAGCUUGGGUUCUGAACUCCUCAGGUGUGAAACUGCUGGUGCUGUGGCUCUGCAUUCGACUGGGUCAAGUUCCGGGUGUUUCACAUCCACGGCACCGUGUGUCUUUGUUUUCCCUUUUAAAUGUGUGUCCACUUGGUCUUUGCAGGGUUUUAUAUGAUAUAUAUAUAUAUUAGGGAAAAAGCUAAAUUCGCACAAACAACUUCUGAAACGAAAUCGAUAGCGACUGUGUAGAACAGAGAGCUCCAAUUCGAGAGAGCAUAAUGAAACGAUAGUGGUCUCACCUCACUCUGUCCUUUCCUCUCCUCUUGCUGAGGGCACCUCUACACAAACUGUUUUAUUCUAGAGGACAUUUUAUGCAUGAACAUCUGGGUCUCGAACACAGGCUGGUUUCUUCCUUUAGAAAUGUGUUCUGGUGUUGUGAGAAUGGAGCUGGAUGUCUGCCUUGAUGUCAUCCGCUGUCAUAUUUAUGUCUUGUGUCCUCUGUGUGUGUCUGUGUGUGUCUCUGUGUGUGUGUGUGUGUUUGUGUGUGUGUGUGUGUGUGUUCUGUGGUUUCCACCCAGGAAUGGUGUCAAACCACAAACUUUCCUGUUGAGCCACAUUGGGGUUUACCUCAAAGUGAGGACAAGAGGAGUGUGGGUACAGAGGGAGGGAGGAGAGGGAGGAAUAAUUUCCAUCCCUUUGACUUAGAAGCGACUCGGCUCCUGCGUAAAGUCUGAAAUCGUAGAGUUUUAGUUUAUGAGGAUUUCUAUGAAUUUUAAUUCCCUCUCCUCUCCGAAUGUGUAUAACAACACUUCAGCUCCUCGCCGCUCUCCACAAACGGAUGAUGAGCUCAAACCAUAGACUGUUUACACAGAUGGACGGCACGUCUCCAAUUCCUCCCACUGUCCAAAAAUGUAGCCACCCUAUUUUUUAUUGCAUUAAAUAACUAAAUAAAAUGAAUAAAAUGAGCGAUUACAGUGUGAUAAGUACCUACAAUAACAGAAACUAUCUCUGAGAAAUGUUAUGGUUGGUCCACGUCCCAAAGAGAGGAGGCUGGGUUUAUGACCUAUAUUGGAGUCAGCCACCAGGGGGAGAUUCACAUAAUUUGUGAUCUUUGAUUUGAUAUAAGAACGACCUAAAAUGACAGAAACCACGUUAGAGAAAUACGUAUUUAACAUGAACUUUCACUUUUUAGUUUGGUCCAUGUCCCACCCGUUAACAUGCAGGAGGCAGGGUUGAGACGCAUACUGCUGCCAUCCACCAGGUGGCGACUGAGAUGUUUUGGCUUCACUUUUGGACUUGCAUUCAUGUCGUCCAUCUUAUUAUAUUCAGUCCCUGGGUCAAACCAAAGGAGACCUGGCUUUACACUUUGCUUUGCUUGUGGCAGCUUCCUCUCUUCCUCCUCAAAUCUUCCUGGUUGGGUAAAUAUUUGUUUCUGUAAGUGCUCUGAUACGUGUCUCAGAUCCAGAUUUCUUCUCCCCCCCCCUUCUUCCCUGUAAACAGUUUCUAUGUGAGCUCUCUCUCUUUGCACACGGCCUGCCUCCCUGCACGCUCUCUCUGUCCUCCCCCUCUCUGUAUCUCUCUCCUCCUCUGUGCAGGCUUUCCCUGCUCUGGCUCAGGUCCACACCUUGCGGAGGGUGAACGAGUGUCUCCUGGCGGAGAACAGAGCCAUGCUGCGUGUCCUCGCCCGCCUCUCUGAGACGGCCUCCAUGCCGGAGACGGAGGACCUCUGAUCCCCCGACACCACCUGUCCUCCUUUCCUCCCCUCCUCUCCCUUCCUCAGCCACCUAACUUCUGCACUCCUCUGUCCUUCUGGUGCCUACAGCCCCCUCGUCCUCUGCUGUGUUCCUCUCAGGCAGAUCUUAACAGAGCUCAAGUCAGACAACCAGAGGCUAAAGGAUGAGAACGGGGCGCUCAUCCGAGUCAUCAGCAAACUGUCGAAAUGAAAAGAUAUGUGAGGCCCCAUGUUCUCUGUGUGUGGACGCUCCGACCCUGAAACAGCAGUUUCAUUUCCCCCAGAUAUCACCAGUCGUGACUCCUCUCUGAAUUAUGGUGGAUAAUGGUGAUGGGCCAUCUGGGCUGCAGAAAUAAAUUCCCACUGGCGACUGGUGAAGUUCUAAAAGGUGUUGAGAAGUUUUCAGACAUGUUUCACAAUGUACGGUGGAGUUACAAUAAUUGUUUCUACUUGAUUAGUUAGUGUCGUUUUGUCAUAUAUUAAUAUUUCACAUUAAUCAAAUAGGGACCAGUGGAACUAGGUUGUUCCAGACCUAGUAGAAAAAGGUCCAGGGGUUUGCAUGAAGGAACUGCAUCUAAUAUAAAGUCACGUUUGUUGUCACAUCCUGCACUGCAGAAGUUUUUUAAUGUUGUCUUAUUUAUGAACGGAGAGAGAAACCAAUUAUAUCAUUGAUUUUUAUUGUUUUUUAUUACUCCAGUAAUCAGCCGAUCAAAUUAUAACGAGAAAAGUUUGUCAUUAGAACAAGAUGUUUUGGAAAUGUGUCACGCGAUAGAAACAUUUAUCGUCAUAAUCAUAUAAUAUAUUUAUUGCAUCAAAUAUCUCACAUUGAAACACAGUGAUAUGAAGUGUUAUAUCAUUAAAACAUUUUAAUGUUAUAACAUGAAGCCUGUAUCGUUGUAAAUAAUCUUCAAAUUAGGAAACAUGCAGAGAAAAGGUUUGAUUCAGUUCUUCUUCAUGUUGGGUUGAGACACGAUGAGAUUCUGCUGUUAUGGUUAUUUCGUGUGGCAGCAAAACUCUGACCUAUCAAGUCGCAUCUGGUUUAAACCCGAAGGAAUAUUUGACCAAACGGGUAAAAUGAAGCCCUGCGAGCAAGAAACUGACCAAGGAGCUUCUGUUCCAGCAGAUCAUUUAAGUGUCUGUGCUGCAAGAUGCAAUUUUUGCGAUAAAACUUAGAUUUUCUCUCAAAACUCGAAACUUUGAAGGAUAAAAUCUUUAAUCUGUGGGAAACCGUGUCAAGAAAUACAAACUGAAAUCUUUGGAAUCCUCUAUUUCCCUUCUCACUGAGGCAUUUAAACUGUAAAACUUUCCUUUAGCCAGUUCUUUAGAUCAUUUUGUGACCUUUUCAAUCUAAUCUGUUACUUUAAUACGGCUUGUUUUUAAGAAAACGUGCCUGAAUGCACUUUGUAAAUGACAGAGGCAUCACUGGCAGCAAAGUAUCACUUUCAGAAUAUUAUAUAUGUUUCUAUAGUAUAAUCGAUUAUUUUCCAACCUCUGUGCCGCAGCUAUUUGUGGUUUCAGAAGGCGUUUUUUAUUUUUGGGGGUUUUACAUGUUCUUCAUAGAGGAUCUUUUUAUUUUUUAUUUUGAUCCAGUUAAAUAAUAAUGAUCAUUAAAUCCUCAGAAUGGCUACACAGAAGAAACUGAGUACUAUAUUAUGUUUUGUAACAGAGAUAUAUUUAUUUAUUUAUGUGUCUCUUAGUUUUGAUCUUCACAUGUUGUUUCUGUCAAAGGAAUAAACCUGAUCUGGUUGAGCCGGUGAUGAAAACACUAAGAUCAACAUCAUCCACCGGGAGAUAAAACACUGCCGACAUUUUAGAUUCCAUAAAACUGUCUAAUAUUCAAUAUCGAGCACAAUCCAAAGCUUUGGGAAAUAUAUUCUAAAAACCAUCACUUGACUUUUAGCAUAACUAUGUUGUGAGAGAGAAAACUCAAGUUAAAUUGAUUAUUGACUGUUUUAGUUGCCAGUUUCUAAGAUACACCAAACUACAUCUUAUAUAAUAUAUCAGAACAACACUGCUUUAAUCACCAACAGCUUUUGUUCUGCUCUGUUUAGAAGCUUGAUUUAAUGGUAUUAUUCAAUAUCUGGGCUCCUUCAAUGACUUUGUUUACAUGGACAGCAAUAUAAUAUCUAUAUAAAAACAAUAUAUAUAUACACCCAAAUUAAUACAAGUCUGAAUAAGACACUGUCAUGUCAACAGCUUUUCUUCAACCUGAAUAAGGAUAAACUCGAAAUUAGCAAAAAUCUAAUGAAGACGUGAAGUAUUUCAAUCUCACGCCCUGGGUUUGAAUGUUUCUGUGUUCUAGGACAUAAUGAAGAUAUGAUUAAUAAUCAGUAAUAAUCAGUCUAUGCUCUGUACCAUGUAAAUGACAAUAUGAAUGAAAUACUCUAUUAGUAACUCAUGUAAACAUCAUAAUUAAAAUGUUUUUAUCAAGAGGCCAAUAGUCAGAAUAUUGCUGUCGAAGUUAACAUAGUUAUUGAGGGUAUUUAAAAAAUCUGAAAUCUGAAAAAGAAUCAACUGUCUUGUUGUUGUUCCUCCUGGAGCAAAUCAAAUCUUUCGUAUUUCACAAGUGUUUUAUUUAUCUAUGUCACAUCAUCAUUUAAUAUAUAAAACUGCCAGACUUCAUUUUAAUCACUGACAUGAAUGAUUUCUGUGUCUGUCUUCUCUUCACCUGAUGGUUGAACCACAGUCUCCAGAUGUUUGAUGUUUUCCUUUAACAGUGGUGAUGGUUUGUGUAACACCACUAAUUUCUUUGGUCACAUCCAGUAAACUCAAAAUUUCAAAAUAAGACACAGUACGUGUCACCUGUUCCUACAUGUGCUGUGUCGAACUCUGAAAAGUUUUGAAAUGUGUUGAUGAUAGUUUAAUAUGCACACGUUGGUUAACUCACUUUGUUUAAUAAACCGUUAAAGGGA